UAUGGUUUAGACAGAACUCCACUAUUCCUAUACUCUAUUAGUUAUGCAUUUAUUUAUUAUUAGUACACUAUUCGCAGUGCCUAUAGUGUACGGCAACGAUAUAUCUGAUUUCCGGUGCGGCGAUUGGCAGCUAUUGGGCGGACAAAAGUGUUACAAAGUAUUAGAGGGACCGGCGGUGAGUGAGGCGGAGGCGGUGGCCGCAUGUGUGGGCGCCGACGAGCCCCCACCGGAGGCGUCGAAAGCUGGCAAAGGGGUCGUUGACGAAGACACGGAUACACCGGCCAUCUAUCAGUCAACACUACUUACCAUCAAAUCGCGUACACAACACGACUAUGUGUUGGACUACUUGCGAAACGUGGUAAAACUCAAGGGACAGGUAUGGCUGGGCGCCGGCAGGAAUUCGGGCUCCGGUAGGUUCGAGUGGUCGGACGGAACUGGCAUUCUCUACAACCGGUGGGCAGAGAAUCGGCCCUCCAAUGAGGGCAAAGCCGAUUGCGUUCAAUUGGACCCAAAGUCGGGCAACUGGACAGAUGUCCGGUGCGAUCGCACCGCUCGGGUGGUGUGCGAGAGGACACAGUUCUGGACAUUUCCAGACCUCCAGCGUUCGUACUUUGACUUACGACAAGUGUUGGAGUUCAGGGCCGACGAGUUGACCGAUCAGUUGGGGGCGCACGAGGAGGUGCUCCGGGCGCUGGACGACCGCCUCUACACACUCGACGAACGGGUGAAAAGCCUUAAAUCGCAGCUAGAUCAGUUUAGGACAGAUUUUGGUGGGUAUGUCAACGAAAGCCUGUCCCGAGUGGUGGCCAAUCACCAGACACUGGCCACACAAGUCAACACAAUUGGCCAGACGGCCGACCGGUUGGGCGAAGCCGUGUAUCAGUUGCAUAAAGAGUGUUCAGAGGGCUGUUCGGGAGGUGGAGGGGGCGGCGAUUUAGAGGCCCUGCGUCGGGAGCUGUUGGCCGAGAUUGAGAGCAGAUAUAGCCAAUUGGACACCGACCUGAAGGGUGUUGUGGCCGACGCCCAGAUCACGCGCACCCGUCAGUUGCAGAUCAAGCAAAAUAAUAAGUGGAAAACUUUGGGUUACGUUCACUAA